AAAAAAGAAGAAGAAUUUGUUAAGAAAUUGAUACAUGUUGACAAAAAAAACAAAUUUUUGAUAAAAGUCGGCUUUAUUAACAACCAGUAGUCAUGGGAAUAUUAGAAAAAAUAUCAGAAAUAGAAAGGGAAAUAUCCAGAACCCAAAAAAAUAAAGCCACCGAAUACCAUUUGGGUCUGCUGAAAGCGAAAUUAGCUAAAUACCGAUCCCAGUUACUAGAACCCUCGAAGAAGGCAGAAAAAGGCGAAGGAUUCGAUGUACUAAAAAGCGGGGACGCCAGAGUAGCACUCAUAGGGUUUCCGUCUGUAGGAAAAUCAACAUUACUUUCCACAUUAACAAAAACCGAAAGCGAAGCUGCUUCUUACGAAUUCACCACUCUUACUUGCAUACCGGGUGUUAUCGACUACAAUGGUGCAAAUAUUCAGCUUCUCGAUUUACCCGGUAUUAUUGAAGGAGCUGCUCAAGGAAAAGGAAGAGGUAGGCAAGUCAUAGCAGUUGCUAGAACAGCAGAUGUGGUUCUAAUGAUGUUAGACGCAACUAAAAAGGACGUUCACAGAGACCUAUUAGAAAAGGAAUUGGAGAGUGUGGGGAUAAGACUCAACAAACAGAAACCCAAUAUUUAUUUUAAAAUCAAAAAAGGUGGUGGAAUUUCAUUCAACUCUACAUGCCCCCUUACCAACAUAGACGAGAAGCUAGUGCAAAUGAUAUUACACGAAUACAAAAUCUUCAACGCCGAAGUCCUGUUCCGUGAGGAUGCCACCGCCGAUGAACUGAUCGAUGUCAUUUGCGCCAACAGAGUGUACUUGCCUUGCCUUUACGUUUACAACAAAAUAGAUCAAAUAUCCAUCGAAGAAGUCGACAGAAUAGCCAGGACACCUUAUAGCGUAGUUGUAAGUUGUAACAUGAAGUUAAAUUUAGAUUACCUGUUGUUCACGUUAUGGGAAUACUUGAGCCUGAUUAGAGUGUACACUAAGAAGCCCGGCCAGCCUCCGGACUUCAACGAUGGCUUGAUUCUAAGAAGGGGCGUUACCGUAGAACAUGUCUGUCACGCCAUUCACCGAACUCUAGCUGCUCAGUUCAAAUACGCCCUGGUGUGGGGCACGAGCACUAAAUAUUCACCGCAGCGAGUCGGCGCCAGUCAUACUAUGCACGACGAGGAUGUUAUACAGAUUGUUAAGAAAUAAUACGCAUUUUCUAUUACUGGGUUAAUAUUAAUAAAAAAAUUGCUUUAUUAUUAA